AUGGCUACUCCUACACCAGAUACUCCAGACCAAUUUGAUCAAUUUGAUGAUGAUGAUACAGAACAGCAACUUGGAGCUACUGCAUCUGGUCGAAAAAGGUUAUUCAGUAAGGAACUUCGUUGUAUGAUGUACGGAUUUGGGGAUGACCAGAACCCAUACACGGAGAGUGUUGACUUUUUAGAAGAUCUUGUAAUUGAGUUCAUUACUGAAACUACUCAUAAGGCAAUGGAAGUUGGACGGCCUGGCAGAGUUCAAGUAGAAGACAUUAUAUUCUUAGUUCGAAAAGACCCUCGUAAAUAUGCUAGGGUUAAAGACUUACUUACAAUGAAUGAAGAGUUGAAAAAGGCUCGAAAGGCUUUUGAUGAAGUUAAAUAUGUUGAAGACCAACAA